AAAUGAAUAAUGAUAAGUGACACUGCCACCAAUUAAUUGUCCAAACUCCAAACCAACACCAAGGCAGUGAGGUGAUCAGGCAGGACCCACGACUCAGGAGCAGGUGCCCGAUUGAACAAAUAGCUUCCUCCACAGACCACAGGAGUUUAGGCGCAGUUGGUCAACCCCAAUAAUCCCAUCACCUCCUCUAUCUCUUCACUGUUCUGCUUUCACUACAUUCCCCAUUUUUGUCGUCACAAGUCAAAGCCACCAUCUUUUUCCUCACUACAACUCUGCAACAGCAACUUGAAUUUUUUUUUUCUCAUAAAAUGCUGCUUCUAACAAAAGAAUCGUCCUUAAAUUUUGUGUUCCAUAUAUUAACUUUCUUUCUGUUUGCAGAGAGACUCUGAUGCGUUGAAGCAAAGGAUAUAGAAGCUAGCCAUGAAGCAUGAACUUUCAACAACUAUAACAACUGAAGCCAAGCCCAGCUUCUCGCAACCCACAACACCAUACCGCCUUACAACCUCUUCAAAAGCAAAGCACUCCCCAACAUCAGCUGUUUCUACUAGGCUCUCACCUGGCCUGAAACCGAGGCCAGGGUCAGCUCCUCCCUACCCAAAUUACAAUGCCCAAAAGGUUCGGAGAUCUCUCGGCCUCAACAAGCAAAAAUCUGGUGAGCAUGUUGCAGGACUUGAAAAGGGUAGAGAAGCAGAUGAUGUCGGAAUUGUUGGUCGGUCUCUAGACCGGCCGGUUUUUGAACAAUUCGCCAAGCCACGCCGACGCAUUGAUCUCAGUGUCACUGUCAAGAGAGUUGAAGAUGAUCCUGAUGGAAAGAAAAAGGAACUGCAAGAGAAGCUCCUUGCGAGUGAGAAUUUGGUUAAGGACUUGCAGUCUGAGAUAUCAGCUCUGAAGAACCACUUGGAGAAAUUGCAGACCUUGAAUUUGGAGCUUGAGUCGCAGAAUAGGCAGUAUGCCAAGGAUCUUAUCGCUGCUGAAGAGAAGAUUUCAGCUUUUUCAAGUGGUGACAAGUUCUGGUUGAAGAAAGAAUUCAUUGAAGAAAAAGUCCAGAUCCCUCAGUUUAAAGAUGUUCAGAAACUCAUUGCCAAUAAGUUAGAACAUUUUAGUGUAAAGAAGGCCAUCAAAGAAGGGAAUCCGGAUAAAACACCAUCUGCAAUGUUAUUGCAUACUGUAACUGAAGCUUUAAAUGUGCCACAAAAAUCUCUGGUAAAUUUUGUCCCCUUGCCUCCAACACUUCCCGUGCAACAAGAAGUUCUUCUGAAAUCCGUCCCUCCACCUCCACCUCCACCUCCACCACAUAUGCUAGCAAGAACAGGUAGCACACAAAAAGCUCCAGAAAUUGUGGAAUUCUAUCACUCAUUAACAAAACGUGAGGGGAAGAAGGAUACAGUACCUGGUAAUCGCAGUAAUUAUGCAGUCAACAAUGCACAUAGCAGCAUAGUUGGAGAAAUUCAAAAUCGUUCAGCUCAUUUGUUAGCAAUAAAAGCAGAUGUGGAAACAAAAGGAGAAUUCAUCAAAUUUCUUAUUCAGAAAGUUCAGGAGGCUUCAUAUACAGAUAUAGAGGACAACCUAAAAUUUGUUGAUUGGCUUGAUGGUGAACUCUCUUCACUGGUUGAUGAGAGGGCUGUGCUGAAGCACUUCAACUGGCCUGAGAGGAAAGCUGAUGCCAUGCGUGAAUCUGCUGUUGAAUACCGUGAUCUUAAAAUAUUAGAGAGUGAACUUUCUUCCUAUAAGGAUGACAACAAAGUGCCUUGUGAAACUGCCUUGAAGAAGAUGGGUAGUUUACUAGAUAGGUCGGAGCGGAGCAUACAGAAGUUGAUUAAACUGAGAGACUCAGCCAUGCUUUCCUACCGGGAUUGUAAAGUCCCAACUGAUUGGAUGCAUGAUUCAGGAAUGAUCAGUAAGAUAAAGAAGGCUGCUAUUAAACUGGCCAAAAUUUACAUGAAGAGAGUGUCAAUGGAGCUUGAAUCAAUCCAAAAUUCAGAGAAGGAAUCCACACAGGAAGCUCUGCUACUUAAGGGUGUGCGUUUUGCAUAUAGGACCCACCAGUUUGCUGGAGGACUUGAUUCAGAAGAAAUAAUGUGUGCUUUUGAAGAAAUAAGGCGACGUGUUCCAACACAUAUGAGAGGGUCUAGGGAAUUGCUUACAGGCAUAACAUCAUGAUAAAACCCUGAGGCCUUUGUUUAACCAUGGAAAGUAGGAUGGGAAUUAGAGAGCAAGAGUUGCUUGUUUAUUUAUAGUAAAUAUUUUUUCAAUAGUUAUAUUAGAAAACAAGGCUUUUUUUCCUUAUGCAUUGUUAAUAUUACAUGUAAACCGUUUGAAAGGUGUAAACCAUAGAAAGAGAUGAUCCAUCAAUGGAAACCUUUUGCUUGUAUGUC